GGAAACAUACUGGGGAGCGUCCAUUUCAAUGCCAUUGCUCCAGACGAUUUUCGCGAUUGGAUAACUUGCGACAGCAUGCGCAAACUGUUCACGUCAAUGAAGACAUCCCGAUUGAUUCACUUGCGGCCACGGGCACAAGAUUUCAAAGACAGAUUCGAACCGAUCGAGUACGACAACCUGGGAGGGCUCGGGCUUCAACAGCAGGUAGUAUGGGUACACCAACCCGGGGUCAUGCCAAAUCUCUUUCGACUUCAAGCAUCAGCUCUGUUGGCUCAACCUUUAGCACACGCGAGGACGUACGCCGACGACCACCUCCUCUAGUGAUGGCAGAUCCGAGGUCUCGACUUUCCAUUGAGACCUAUCACCCUGGCACCGAAACCGCAUAUUCGUACCGGCCACCAUCCCCAAGCGAUUUCAGCACGCCUACCUCAGCAACUUUCUCGACUGGACAAAAUAGCCCACGAUGGGGACCUGUCAUGGCGUCCCCAGGCGCGUCUCAUCCAAGGUCUCAACCUAUGUACUCCGGCCAUAGAACACCAGGCCGCCGGCUCAGCGUACCAUCGGGUGGUAUACCAUUCCAAUCUCCCCACGGUACAAGCCUCGGCCGCCCCCUGUUUGGCCCAGUUCCUCCAAACGCUUCCAGCCAUCCUCCAUUUUCACCAAGUAGCAGUAUUAUAGGAUCACCGACAUCUUCAGUAUUCUCUUCUAGACGCGAGUCAACCUCGCAAACAGAAGACUGGCGCCGCCGUACUUGGCAUCCCGACUCGACUAAUUUCAACGCUGUCAACCCCAGCAGUCGUUUGAGUAAUGUCGUUACGCCAUCACAAUUCGACAGCCCUGUCGCAGCGCCGCUACCUUUAGCUGUUCCACAGCAACAGAGCACAACACUUCGGUUGCCUGGAAUAGAGUCGUUUGGACCUAUUCCACAUCGUCCGGCAACGCCCCCUAGACGAAACCCUUCCCCCAUGAUGGUGGACUCUGAGGUUUCCCACCCACCGGCAAUGCUGCCUUCCACCCAUUCUGGCGACUCGGACGACAGGCGCGGUACAGCUAACUGGGACAUGGGCUUACAUCGCGGUUUGACUAGACUGGAAAUUGCGUCGAAUAAUCCACCACCUACAGAUACUGCCAGUAAUUGGGCCCGUGAGGCACAUCAAGCCGUCGAAGCAGAGGCGGAUCGAAUUAGAUUAAAUCCUCCGACUGUACGAUUUCACGAGCCGGUAAUUGUUGAUCGUCGACCACCUGGCCCCGCAGGUCUACCGAGGACAUUUCACCAACACACGAUGUCGGCGCCAUCAAUUGCCAGUUCAAGGGAAUCUAAGCGACGAGGGUGGUACAAUGGGCCUGUAACGGUGCACGCGGACGCACCGCCGGAGAAAAUCGCACGAGUCGAUCGCAUGGUUCACCCAAAUAUCCGCGAAUUUCCUGGAUUUCCAGCUCGCGAGAAUGCACCUAAUCCUUCGCCCAGAGACGAUAACUCUGGAGAACGAGAUAACAUGCUUCGUCUGCAGGCUCUAGUAGCCGUUGCGACAAGUGAGGGGAGUGCAACCACGGCAUACUGAAGAUUGUAGAAAUCUAUACCGCAGAACUCUUAUACUUCCUCAUGACAUAUCUUACGACCUAUCAAUACGCCAUAUAUCUGCGAAAUAUACCUACGAAAUAUAAUACACCUUGAACUUUUACGAUGCCCAGUCGCAAUGGAUUGAUGAGGCUCACGAUUUCUCUUUUAGUUGUUCUUCCAUCAAGCAUCUGCAUGAUAUACGAUCGUUACUCGACUCACGAAAUAUACCAUCUGCUAGUUUUUU